AACUUCGGUUUACGUUUUGUGAUGUGUAUAUCGCGCAAGAUCCUAGGGUGUAUCUUUUCUGCACAGGAACAGCUGUUUUUCGACGAAAAAAUUCACCUGAUUUUAGCCCUUCAAAAUGUCGUCACCGCCGCCGAAUAAACGACGGAUGGACACGGACGUAGUCAAGCUAAUCGAAAGCAAACAUGAAGUAACGAUAUUGAAGGGAAUCAACGAGCUGAUGGUCAAAUUUCACGGGCCAAAAGGAACUCCCUAUGAUGGCGGUGUGUGGAAAGUACGAGUUGAUGUACCUGACAAAUAUCCAUACAAAUCUCCUUCAAUCGGUUUUCUGAACAAAAUCUACCAUCCAAACAUAGAUGAAGCCUCAGGAACAGUUUGUCUAGAUGUCAUCAAUCAAACAUGGACGCCGUUAUUUGAUUUAUCCAACAUUUUUGAGUCAUUCCUUCCCCAACUAUUGGCCUACCCCAACCCCAACGACCCCCUCAACGGUGACGCUGCCGCCAUGUACCUGCACAAACCAGAGGAGUACAAGAAAAAAAUCAGGGAAUUCGUUCAGAAAUACGCAACAGAGGAAGCGCUACGAGAACAAGACGCCCAGUCAUCAUCCAGUGAAAGCUCCAUGAGUGACUUCUCAGAGGACGAAACACAAGACAUGGAGCUAUAGCAUGCACUGUACACCCGGUAUUUUUUUAUGUUUUUAAACAUAGUUGUAUUUAUGUGGGAGCAUUUUUUAUACUGUACGGAGGAAGGGUAGGCUCUUUUCAAUGUAUUUUGUGUUCAGACGGGCAUUCAGACGAAUCGUCUAUAGAUACGAGUCCCCCCGCUGCCCCCAGAUUUGAAUAACUUAUUUAUUUGAUGUCGUACGCUCUCCCGUCCACUGAAAACAGAAGAUUUGUUUUGCAAUUUAA